CUAUAGCCGCCAUACAAACAGAGACGCAGUUACUGCUAGAGCGUGUAUCGUGUUUUCAAAAAGUGAACCAGAAAAUCGCUGCCCACAUCCAAGGCCCGCGUAUUUUUCCUCCAUCAUAUUUGCCAGAAGUUCACUAUACCUCGGUUGAACAACCUCCUCCACAAACAAAGCAAAAAUCCCCACUCCUUCGAAGAUUCCUGUUUUACUACCGGGCAUAUCGUGUUCUAUACUACAGUGAGAGUGCGAAUUGCAUAACCGAUUCUUCUAACUAACACAUCACGUAGCCACCGCACCGUCGUCGCCGGUCUUCUCGUAUUAGGAAAAAAGAUAACGAAACUGUUCUCGUCGAACAAAAUGUCGAUCGCCACUUACGAGGAAGUCCUGGAUCUCCCGAACCAUCCGGAAAAGGUGCUCAUCGAUGUGAGAGGUGCCGACGAGCUAGCCGCAACUGGCCAGAUUCCCACCAGCAUCAACAUUCCACUUGAGCAAGUUGCCAAGGCGUUCUCACCGGAAACCAGCACGGAAGAGUUCAGCCGAUUGUACGGAGUGCCUAAGCCGAACCAGGAUCAUUACAUCAUCAUGUCCUGUCGAACCGGAAGACGGAGUCAGAUGGCCAUUGAUACCAUCGCUGACCUUGGGUACACAAAUGCCCGUAACUACAAGGGAUCCUGGACCGAAUGGGCUGCUAAACAGGGACUCUAGGAUAAGACACCUCAAUACCUCAACUAUGAUGGGAGAACAUUCCGCAAAUAAAUUUUAAGAAACAA